AUGGAAAAGAAAAAGGAUCUGUGGAUGGCAUUUGUUGACCUAGAAAAAGCUUUCAACAGAGUACCAAGAGAGGUGGUGUGGUGGGCUUUAAAGUGUUUAGGUGUUAAAGAAUGGCUAGUGACAGUCAUAAUAGCUAUGUAUGAAACUGUCACAACAAAAAUCAAACCAAGAGAUAGAGAGAUUGAUAGUUUUGAUGUAAAGGUUGGUGUGCAUCAGGAGCCAGUGCUUAGUCCUUUGCUUUUUAUUAUCAUUUUGGAAGCUCUCUCUAAAAAGUUCAGAGUUAUUUGUAAGCAAUGGGUUCAUAAGAAAUGUAGUGGUAUACAAGGCUCUCUUAAGAUUGUUGGGUUUGAGUGUAGAAAUUGUACUAUUGGUGAGUAUAGAGAAGAAAUUGGAAAAGAAGUUGAAAUAAUAAGUGGAGGAAAGAUGUUAGUAAAUUUUGUUAUCUUGGAAAUACAAUUGGAUCAGCUGGUGGAGCCGAAGAAGCUAUCUUUAUCUAUGACAAGAGUAAGGUCUGCUUGGGCCAAGUUCAGAGAAUUAUCUCUACUUUUAACAGAAAGAAGUGUCUCAUUAAAGAUUAAAGGAAAAUUAUACAUCAUAUACGUCCAGAGUGUUGUUAUGUAUGGCAGUGAAACAUGGGCAAUGAAGGUUGAUGAUGUUCAGUGUUUGUAA